GUUCGGAAUCCCGAGGCUCGGUUCUGAAAGCGGUACAGGCUCUGCUGCCGGCGUCAGUGAUGGUUCCUGAUCGGAGAUUGGAGCAGCUUAUAGAGAGUACGGUGGAGAUGGGUCGAGAGCGGUGCCACUACCACAACGUGGCUGACGAGGCGCUGACACUGUUCACGGACCAUUCGUGCGGGCGGGAAAUGAUUCCCACGGUUACCACUCAGGUCCUGGAGCAGCACAGCGACGAGGUGUGGUGUGUGCAGUUCUCCCACGAUGGCACCAGGCUUGCUACUGCCUCUAAAGACCACACGGCUGUCGUCUGGCAGAUUGUUGACAGCUUCUCCCACCGUCGCCUGCACACACUCGCCGGCCAUUCUCUCCCGCUCUCCUACGUGGCGUGGAGUCCAGACGACUCGCUGCUGCUCACAGCCGGCAACGACCCCUUCGUGUGCCUCUGGGAUGCUGCCACUGGCCGAUUGCUGCGCUCCUUCUCCAAACACCACGACGCCAUUUCCGCCUGUGCCUGGUUCCCCUGCGGGCGGCGUUUCUUGUCAGCAUCUGCGGCGACCGAUCGCACAGUGUGUGUGUGGGACGUGGAGGGAAGUGAGCUGCCCUCGUGGGGAGGGGUGGGGCGGCACCUGUGGCAGCAGGAUGGGGGUGAUUUCCCUCGAAUCAACGACCUUGCUAUCAGCUCCGACUGCUCCCAUGUGGUAUCAGUGUGCAACGAGAAGGAGAUUCGAGUUCACGAGCUGCCAUCGGGAAAGGAGCACGUGGUGAAGGAGACCAAGUCAAUCACCUCCCUCAGCAUGUCUGUGGACGGCAGAUGGGUGUUGGUGAAUCUAUCAUCGGGCGACAUUCAUCUCUGGUGCAUUCAGGACAUAUGUGCUGCCAAACCUCCUGACAAGCCAGCGUUUUCCUACAGCGGGCAGGUGCAAGGCCGCUUUGUGAUUCGCUCCUGCUUUGGAGGCCAUGAUCAGCGAUUCAUCAUCAGCGGUAGCGAGGAUGCUCAAGUGUACAUGUGGCAUCGCGAUACUGGCGAGGUUAUGGAGGUGCUUCCAGGGCACUCCGGGACGGUAAACGCCGUCUCCUGGCCGGCCACCCGGCCACACCUGUUUGCUACAGCCUCGGACGAUGGCACUGUGCGCAUUUGGGGGCUCCCUUCUCUUGUUGCUGGAGGUUUGGGAAUGGAAGUGGGAGGUUUGGAUGGUGGUACGGGUAUGAAUGUGGAAGAGGAUAGGGAGGAUGGUGGGGGGAGUGCGAUGGUGGGAGCGGAGUGA